UAGCUCAAAAAAGCUGACCACUGCAUAGUCUAGCUCUUCUUUCUUUCUCAAUUGUAUCUUCUACCAUGUAUGUUCGUACAUUUUGGUCAGUUAGUGAGGGCAGCAAAGUCAGGUAGCUAUUAAUGUUUCUUCCUCGUCUACUGCUAAUUCCUUGUUCGUUUCUUCUCUGAAAACUGGUCUUGUGAUCAGUUGCGAGAGCUUUGAAAACAGUUCAGAUUUAAAAUCCGUCUUCCCUCACAAAAUGUUUUAAUGCAUAAAACUUGAGGGGUGAAAUAUUUGUCCAAAUAGCUAGACCUUUGUUUUUCUAUACAUUUAUUGGCUUUCGAAUCUUGUUCUCUGACUCUCUUUAUAGUUCUUUCAAAGUUUCAAUAAAUAGGAGAAUAAUGAUAGUAUGAUAUAAUUUCAACGUGUUUGACUGAUGUAUAUACGGUUUUUGCACAUAGUUGAAGUGAUAUAACAAUUCUUGUCGUAUUUUUUAGAUUAGGCGUGAACUGCAAUCUUUCAAUCAUACAAACUCAUUAGGUACUGCAAGCUCAAAACCAUAUUAUCGCAAUUAAUAUAAUUUGAAAUAAGAGUUAGAAGCACUCUAUUCUAGCUACACUUAGAUUGGUUAGUAUCUGUGUAAAUGAUCAAAGCUAAUGAUGGCUGACAUGCAAGUCUGUACAAAUCCGGCUAAUAGACGUAGUUGCACAGCUAGCAUUAUAAUAUGAAUGCAUUCUCGUCCCUACAGCUGCGUGAGAUAAACUAGUCUUAGCUUUAACCUUUGUGCAGAGCAAAUUUUUCGUUUCGCUUUCAGAUGCGUUUGCCUUAGUAUUAUAUGUGCUAUCAUUUAUAAUUUUGAGUUGCAUUGCCAAGAUUUUACCAAGACGUGGUAAGUAUCAAGGCAAGCUAUUAACACUAUGGCGGCAAAUGUGAUUUAUAUUUUUUGUUCAGGUUUACAUAUCUGUGUUUUUUUAUACUACUCUAAUAGUAUUAGAUUAAAUAAUUGUAUGACAGUCUAAUAGUGUCAUACAAGAACUUGCCUGAUAAUGAAUGUUUUCAGACGUCAUAUGGCAUUGAAAUAUACUUAGUAUGGUUUACUGAACAAUUGGAUUAGUGUCUGCUGCGUUUGAUUAAUCACUUUGGAAUGUUUUGAUAACUUGGUGCUCUUUCUCAGGAUUUUCCCAGGAUUUGUUGUCAAAACCGCUGGCGCCUACUUGACGGCUAAACAAGACCCUGAUGCAAGCCACUUGUCAUAACCAGUAUAUUGGUUCUUAUGAAUAGUUAAUGAUUUGUGUCGCUGUUCUUGCGGCUAAUAAAAGCAACUUGAUCGAGUCCUUAUUCUUCAAAUGGCGGGAACGAUGUUUUUGGUUGUUGGAUGUUUUCGAACGCUUCACUUUAGAAAAUGACUCAAUCAAGCCUAAAGCACAUUUUAUCACUCACUACCCAAUGGAUAUUCGUGUAUUUGGUCCGCUUGCGAAGACGUUACGGUUCGAAUUAAAGAAUGGCUACUUGAAGUCUUGCGUAGCUGCAUCACGAAAUACAGUGAAAUUAUGCAAAUCUAUGGCUGUACAACCCCCAAAUGCUAACCACCAAAUGCUAACAUAAAAAUUUAUCACCUAUAGAAGUCGUUGGAUUAAAGAAGGUUUGGUGUCCUCUGUACCAGAAAAUUUGUUUUAAUUUAAUCAAUAAAAAGUGUUCGAUUUUUGGUCAGUCUAUCAGUAAGGCGCGUGGCGUUACUUAUCAGGGCCAAAAAUACUAUAGUAGAGAUGCUGUAGUUUUAUCAUGUUUUGCUGGCAAGGACGAACUUGACAAUAUUAUAUCUGUUAUUAUUGUUCAUGAUAUACCUUAUCUUAUGUGCAACAAGUUGGAAGCAUUAUCUUUUUGCAAAACAUUUUAAUUUAUUUUUCUGUGAAAAAAUUCCUGAUGUAUAUGUAUGUGGGUUGGUAAUUUGCAUGAUUAUCACUCUCUGAGUAUUAUCAUUUGGAGUUUAUACCUCUUUAUCACUACAUUUAAUGCACCAAAUAAUAUAAAUUUUUUAUUACGUUUGUAUAUGAUAUGUUAAGAUAAUAGGUCGUAAAUGUUAGAUAAAAAAGAGUAUGCUUAAUAAUACUGUGUUCCUAAUUUUUUUAGAGUGAUUUGAGGUAUUUUCUGUUUUUUUGUUUUACUAUCGACAUUUUGUGACUUAGAUCAAAGUAAUUGGAAUUCACCAUUUUGCAACCUUUCCCUUGUGUAAGGUAUUGACAUCUUUGUGGGCAUACUGUUCUUUACCCAGUAUCUCAUUCAAAAAAUCUGCAUCUUAAAAUUAUUGUUUUUU